GUGUGAUGGUUCCUGGCUGGCAAGGCAAUCUGCAAGCGGCGGUGGCCCAGAGUGCCCCUUUAACCGCCUGGGAGCGCUUGGGGGUAGAAUUUGCUUUGGCAUUCGCCAUCGUCAUCUCUCAUCUGAUCGCCAACGAAAGUCACCAAACCAGGUAUUCCAGCGCCGGAUCCGCUGCCAAAGCUUCGGCUGCCGGAUUUGCCUACGCAGCUUGCAGUUUCGUUUCGAUGCCGUAUCUUAAUCCAGCUCGUUCUCUCGGUCCGUCUUUCGUGCUAAAUCAUUGGGACAACCAUUGGGUAUACUGGUUUGGUCCGGUCGCUGGCGGAAUCGCAUCAGGACUGAUCUACACGUUUGCUUUUGAUCCCAAACGCAAUAGAUCUAACAGAUCCACAUCUUUGGAUGGAGGAGAUUCAAGAAGUGUCGAUUCUGACGAAGAUACAUAUGAUGAUUUAGAUGGAAACAAGGGAAAUGGUGCUCAGCAACAACAGAAAUUUCACAGUGGAUCGGCUUAUAAUACUUACAGACCAGCUGUAGGGGCACCACCACAUGGAGGCAACACAUACUGUUCAAGUUUGGCAACGGCUAGUUUGUAUUCGCCACCUAACAAAUUAGAUCGUGUGGAAUCUAUAUAUGGUGGUACCAAAUCCUUAUACUGUAAAUCACCGCCACUGACUCGUGCCAAUCUCAAUCGCUCUCAAUCCGUUUACACAAAAUCCAACUCCGCAUUAAACCGAGAACUGUUGCCUCGUCCCGGACCUCUCGUGCCCGCACAAUCUUUGUACCCGAUGAGAUUGAAUCAGCAACAACAGCAAGUGAGUCAACAACACGUUGCACAGAAUCAGAAUACUCAAAACACUUUGUAUGGCCAGCGUAGGCCUGAAGUUCAAGGAGGCUACAGUAAUGGAGUGUAUGGAACUAGAACAAACCCAACAGGAGAUGUGCAAACCCAAAAAUUUGAUGAGGGUGGCAAAUUCAACCGAGGUAACAGACCUGAAUCGGUUUAUGGCACAACUGGGCCUAGACGAGGACAGUCCACACAGUCUGAUGAUUCUUCAUAUGGUUCAUACCAAGGAUCAACAGCACAGAAUGCAAAUGCAUAUUCUGGGGGGCAACCUACAUAUGUUAAAAGUGCUGUAACGCAGAGGCCAAAUCAAGAGGGCCAAGUGAGGCCGCCACAACAAAUAGCACCUCCUACACACCAUGCUAUAAGGCAACCACAGCAGUCACCAAAUCCUCAAUACUGAUUUUAGUAUUAUAAGUGUGAAUGAUAUUUGUGUGAAUGUGGAAUGAUAUGUUUUGAAUAAUUGAAAAUUAUAAAGUUUGUUUUUGAAUAUAGUAUGCAUUUCUGUAUGAUUUGUUUGGUGUGAGCAAACUUAAUAUUGUAACGUUUAUAUAUUAUAGUAUGAAUGAUUUAUUAUAGAUCAAGAUAAUUGACGACCAGAGUUUUCUGUGUGAUGUUUAUAUAUUACUAAUAAU